GUGCGGAGAGCGGGGCGUCCAGCCGCCAGCCCCGCCGAGCUCGGGUGGCGCGGGGUGCGGGUUAUUAGCAGGCACUUCUGGUGGACACCUACAUCGGGACGGGAAGGGCGCCACAACCCGGAAGCGGCCGUGAUGGGGCCUCCCUGCCGGCUACAUCCGGGCACCGGCCACCGCGCGGCCUAACGACGGCCUGAGCCCCAGGCUGGCUCAUGGGGAGGGCUCAAGCCGGCGAGGGCUCCUGAUUGGGCGGCCGCGGGUGCCAUGGAGCCCAACCAGGCGGCCAGCGACCAGACCGGGCCAGGAUCCGCCGAGACCAGGAGCCAUUUCAAGGUCACCCGGUUCAUCAUGGAGGCAGGGGUGAAGCUGGGUCUGCACUCCAUCCCUGUGGCCACGGCCUGCACCAUCUACCACAGUUUCUUCACGGCUACGGUGGCCCCGGGACCCUACGACCCCUACCUGGUGGCCAUGGCUGCGCUGUACCUGGCCGGGAAGGUGGAGGAGCAGCACCUACGCACCCGGGACAUCAUCAACGUCAGCCACCGGUACUUACACCCCAAGAGCGACCCCCUGGAACUCGACUCCCAUUUCUGGGAGCUGCGGGACAGCAUCGUCCAGUGCGAGCUGCUCAUGCUGCGGGUGCUUGGCUUCCGUGUCUCCUUCCGGCACCCCCACAAGUACCUGCUCCAUUACCUGCUCUCCCUGCGGCGGUGGAUGAACCGGCACAGCUGGGAGCGGAUCCCGGUCUCGGCGGCGGCCUGGGCGUUGCUCCGGGACAGCUACCACGGGGGGCUCUGUGUGCGCUACCCCCCCCAGCACGUGGCCGUGGCCGUGCUGGACCUCGCCCUGCACUGCUACGGGGUGGAGGUGCCCGUCCAUGCACAGGCCCAGAAACCCUGGUGGCAGGUGUUCAGUGAAGAUCUCAGCAAGGCUCAGAUUGACCAGAUCGUAUUGGACCUGAUCCAGAUUUACACCUUGGAUGCAGAAAUCUCCUAACGGGGUCCGGAGAGCGACCCAGUGCUGGGGAGGGGACAGGCCCCGUUCCUGCCCCCCGAGCCAGCCAGUCUCUGCCCUGGGAGUGGAUGGAAGCCGGCCCCCCUUAGAGGGGAAAGGCCUCAUGUCCCAUUCCCACCCCCUGAGUCAGCCCAUCCCUGCCCCGAAGCCAGAUGGGAUCUGGCACCCCUUAGUGGGGAAAGACCCCAGGCUCCAUUCCCACCCCCCUGAGCCAGCCAGUCUCCACCCUGGGCCCAGAUCCGAGCCAGCACCCCCUAGAGGGUCAAGACCUCAGGCCCCGUUCCCUGCCCCUUCCCUGGCUUUGAAAACAGGGUGUUGGUUGCAGUCUGGGUGUCCUGUCCCACAGCCGUUACCCUCGCUGCCUGAGCUCCUACCGCGGGCCGGCUGCCUUGCUGGCUGCGCCCCGAGAAGGCCGUCGGCCCCUAGCACUGCGCCAGCCAGGCGGAGCGCUGCAGCUGCUGGGAUGCAAGCUCCACACCGCCACAUAACGUGCCCGACGGCUGUUAGUGACCUGGGUCCCGACCGGCCGCAGGGCUCCCCUUCCCCCCUGUCCACACCCGUCCCCGGCGCUUGGGCUGCUCGAUCCGGCGAGUAAAGCUGUGCCCCUGAA